AUGACUUUGGGUGGCUCAGAGACCCCUUUCUGGGGUCCAAUUACUGCAAAUUCCAAAUACGCUGCCGAAUUCAUCAACACCUUGACUAACGUAGUGUACGUAAUCUAUGCCAUCUAUGGACUCUACCACCUGUGGCAGAAACCAAAUGUUGGUUUCCUUCGCACCGUACCCUACUUGGGUUUAAUGGCAGUGGGACUCUGUUCCGCUCUGUUCCACAUCAGUCUCAAUUACCACACCCAGAUGUUGGACGACCUCUCCAUGAUGUUCACAACAACGCCUGUGCUGCACCGCGUCAUGACCGCCAGUGCCAGCCCAGGGGUCACGCUUAUCGUGGGCAUUGUCCUAGGGUCAACCCUUCUCGCCCUAGUCAUUUAUCACCUAAAGACGGAUGAACUGCUUCUGCACUCUUUGUUCUUCGUUGGCUCCGUGACCGUUAUUGGAGUUUUUACCAUGCGACUAAUCAACGCUCGCACACGGGCGGGCUCGGAGGCUCGAAGGCAGAUCUGGGGGAUGGUACGGUUUGGAGCUGGUAUAUUCAAUUUGGGAUACUGGCUCUGGAUGGUUGAUGGGUGGAUGUGCUCCUAUUUGAAAAGCACCAGGCAGACGGUGGGUCUUCCCUGGGCUUUUUUGUUGGAGCUUCAUGGGUGUCACACCGAAUCGGCAGGUGGCACAUAUGUACGGGAGGGAAUUGGCGCCUAUAUCUUCAUCGCGAUAAUUGAUCAUCUCGUAUCAGGGGACAAUCAUAAAGAUAUUCCCAGAUCCCUGGCCUGGCCGGCACCGUGGGCUGCUCAGUCGAUCUUUGCAGGAAAAGGAAACAACAAGAUAUAA